AGUUCGAGCUGGGCAACUGAACUGAGCAAUGCCAGCAGAGCAGUCGCUCCUCUUUCCUCAUUCUUUGCUGUCGCAGUUGCCGUCGCUGCAUAGGUCGACGCCGCUGCCGCCGCACUGAUAACCGGGCAGGCGGUCAGCUAUGAUUGCAGAUUACCGCUGGACGGAGCCGGCGCCGACUGCGCUGUCGAGAAAUCAAGAAAUCGGGAUCCCUUGUUUACUACGUAGCAGCUUUGUGCGUACCCGCGAGACAAAGUGCAAAGCAAAUCGUCAAAACAAUGAAUCCACUCGGAGCAUUAUAUAAGAUGUACCAAACCUCCAGCUGCUCGUUCCGCUCCAGCUUCGUCUGCGCAUCAUUAUUAUUGAAUCAGAAUGGAUUCGUUAAGGAGGAGGCUCAGAAACGGAGGCUUUAUAGAUUUCCUUUAAAAAGGUCUCCCGUAAGCCGCCCUCGACAGAUGUUUGCUCGUGCCGGUUAUUAUCGGCUAGUGCCCACUACCCUUCGACCGCUUACAGGAAUCUUAUCACCCGAGUGAGCUGCCUUAUCAACCCGGUUGCCAGGCAGUAAAGUGCCAAACAAUUCACAAACACAAUCGAAUAUCAGAACACCAGUACACUGUAGUGAAGCCAAACAGUUGGGAGAGUGCUCAAAACCCUUUGGAACUCUUGAAAUCUUAAUGGAACUCUGAUCGUUGGCCAUGCAGUUGGACGACAUUCUGCAUAGGAUUACGAUUGUCGUCGCAGCGGCGCUGAUAAUUGGCGGCAUUGUGGUGGCCUGUGAAUUUACCGUGCUGAUUGAUGCGGUCGUGGACCGAAUGGUGGCCCUGCGUCCCGGCGCCAAGACCUUCGGAUGGUGGGCCAAGCCCCCAGUGGAGCCCAGAAUUAGUCUGUACAUCUACAACGUAACCAAUGCGGACGACUUCCUCAGCAACGGCUCCAAGGCCAUUGUCGAUGAGGUGGGACCCUACGUUUACAGCGAGACCUGGGAGAAGGUGAACAUCGUAGAGAAUGACAAUGGCACGCUGAGCUACAAUCUUCGCAAGAUCUACUCGUUCCGCGAAGAUCUGUCGGUGGGGCCCGAAGACGACGUGGUUAUUGUACCCAACAUUCCCAUGUUGAGCGCCACCUCGCAGAGUAAGCACGCGGCCCGAUUCUUGCGUCUAGCCAUGGCCAGUAUCAUGGACAUACUGAAGAUCAAGCCAUUCGUUCAGGUGUCCGUGGGUCAGUUGCUUUGGGGCUACGAGGAUCCUCUGCUCAAGCUAGCGAAGGAUGUCGUUCCCAAGGAGCAAAAGCUGCCCUACGAGGAGUUUGGCCUGCUGUAUGGCAAGAACGGCACCUCCUCCGACCGAGUAACUGUGAACACAGGUGUCGAUGACAUUAGGAGAUACGGCAUCAUUGACAACUUCAACGGUCGCACCCAUUUACCCCAUUGGACCACCGACGCAUGCAAUACUUUGGCCGGAACCGAUGGCUCCAUCUUCCCCCCACACAUUGACCACGAUCGCAUCCUGCAUGUUUACGACAAAGAUCUUUGCCGGCUCCUGCCCUUGGUGUUUGAGAAAGAAGUAAUGACUUCAAACGAGGUGCCUGGAUACCGGUUCACCCCACCAGAGUGGGUUUUCGCCGAUGUGGACAGCCACCCGGACAACAUGUGCUUCUGUCCCGCGGGCAAGCCGUCAUGCUCCCCCAACGGACUUUUCAACGUGUCGUUGUGUCAAUACGACUCUCCCAUCAUGCUAAGCUUCCCUCAUUUCUACCUGGCCGAUGAAAGCCUGAGGACGCAAGUAGAAGGUAUUUCGCCACCUAUGAAAGAGAAGCAUCAGUUUUUCUUCGACGUUCAGCCUAAAAUGGGAACUACCUUGAGAGUACGCGCCCGUAUCCAGAUCAAUUUGGCCGUUAGCCAAGUGUUUGACAUCAAGCAGGUAGCCAACUUCCCGGACAUCAUCUUUCCCAUCCUUUGGUUCGAGGAGGGCAUCGACAACCUUCCCGACGAGGUCACCGACCUGAUGCGCUUUGCGGAGCAAGUGCCACCUAAGAUCCGCGUGGCGCUAAUCGUCGGUCUAUGCGCGCUUGGUGUGAUCCUACUACUGCUUUCGACCUUCUGCCUGAUCCGCAACUCGCACCGGCAAAGCACCCUGCACUUGGAGGGGUCCAACUAUCUGGCCACCGCCCAGGUGGACAUGAACAAGAAGCAGAACAAGGAUAACCAACCCGCCAGAUACUAGGCGCUCUAGUCGGUGUCUGGUCGCAGUACGAGUGUCUUCGGGUGACUUCGUAAUAGUAUAAGCCGUAGCUAGUAACUGGGACCUGCCCACUUCCACUUCCACCCCCAAUCCCUAUAACGAUACCCAAUCCGACCUCCCUAUGUUAAUCCCAUUCCCCGCGGAGGAAUGUGCUUCUAUGUAGUUUAAAAGAAAUGGAGCUGGGAAGACUUGUAUGUAUUUGUAUGUGUAUCUGUAUCUAUUGUAUUGUAUGUAGGUUAUCUGUGUAAGUAAGCGUUAUAAAAAUUUUGAAGUGUAGUCUAACGAAACAGUCGUGAUCGCUUAAAGGCUCAAAGCUUCGACUUAGACAAUAUUUGUUAUACCAAAACAGCAAUCGAUCCUGUUCUUGCUUUCUUAAACCCUCUUGAAAUGAAAUUGUAUGUACAAUCAAGUCACAAAACUCGAAACGUUUCUCAAAUAAAACAAAAUUCCGUCCUCG